AAAAAUUUACUUCAUCUCAGAAUAUUGCUAACGACAACACACGAUGGGCAAGGAUUCCGAGAAAGGAAAGUACGCCUCUCCAGAGGGCUCGCACAUCUGGGAAUACAUCAUUUGUGCUUUCAUUGCGACGUUGGCUUUCGUCUUUGGCCAAAUGAUGGGAUGGAAUGCGCCCAGCGUGGUGGAACUCAGGGCUCGAAAUUCGACAUUCCAAAUGACAGAUGAACAGGAAUCCACUUUGGGGGCAUCAGUGGCGAUAGGUCAAUCAAUAGCACCUCCAUUCGGCAUAUUCAUAUUCGGCAGUAUCGGCAGUAAAACUGGUAUACUAAUUUCUGCGAUUCCACUAGCCGUGAGCUGGAUGGUGAUUCUACUGGCCAAAAAUAUUACGGUCUUAAUUGUGGCAAGGAUAAUGAGUGGAUUCGGGGUGGGUCUAUCGAUGUGCGUGGUUCCCAUGUACACCGGUGAAGUUUUAUCGAAACAUUUACGCGGCACGCAGGGCACCAUCACAAUAGUCAUGUACAACGUUGGGAUGCUCUUCAUUCUCGCAACCGGACCACACUUUGGAAUUCAAAUCUCGGCAUUGAUCGGCCUUAUUUUGACUAUAGCCUUCUUGGUUAGUUUCUGGUUUGCCCCGGAGUCCCCGUACUUUCUCGUCAAAGUUGGCAAGAUUGAGGCAGCUGAAGCAGCCCUCGAAAAACUUCGCGGGAAAACGGACGUGACGGAUGAGAUUGCACUGAUCAAAGCCACGAUCGAGCAUAAGGGAAAGACUUUGCGAGAAACAAACGUACGUGAGAAAAGUGUUUCUUCGAAAAAAUUGAAUGCGUUUCGGCAACUUUUCACAAUUCGUGGGAAUAUCAAGGCGUUCGGUAUUUCGAUGACAUUGUCGAUAAUGGCGCACUUCUCUGGAAUUUCGGGGUUAAUAAACUACUGUAACUAUAUUUUCACGGACAUGGGUUCUAAGAUGGAUGUGAAAAAUAGCGUAACAUUGUUUGGUGUUAUUCAAGUAAUCAGCGGCAUCGUAACUAUAGCCAUCGUCAAUAGGAUCGGGCGCAGGCCAAUACUCUUUAUCUCAGCCGCAAUAAGCUCAUUUUCUCUUCUUGUAAUCGCCGGUUACUUUUUUCUCUUGGAUCACAUGGGACUGGACAUGAAGCCAUACUAUAUAAUCCCGUUCGGCACUGUCUUCAUCUACGUGAUGGCUGUGAACGUCAGUGCCAUCACUGUUCCCGGGAUCAUAAUAUCCGAGAUAUUCGCCACUGACGUCAAAUCACUCGCCUCCUGCUUGUACGCCAUGUUAGGUGGAAUGAUGGCAUUUAUUUCUCUCAAAGCCUACAUGUUCAUUUAUAAGACUUUGGAUCUGGGUCAGUCAGUGCCAUUUUUCAUUUACGCGUUGAUGACAAUCAUCUGCUUAAUACCUCUUGUGCGUCUGCUUCCCGAAACGAGAGGCAAGACUUUCUUAGAAAUCCAAAAGAAACUGAACGCUUAAUUCACCCGAUGAAUGACAACAAAUAACAGUGACCGAAGCAGGUUUCCUCGCUUUACAAUGUAUCAGCUGUACCUCGGAGUUCGUAAUUAUACGAAAUUCACGAUCGAUCUGAAAUAAUAUAUUCGUUCACGCUGGAAUGUAUGAUAUCCUAUGAUUGAAACGACAUCGACGGGCAAUGUGAAUUAAUAUUUGAAACAGAACUACGCCAUUCCAUUCGUCAAAUUGUUAAUACAAGCAAUUGUGACCGGAGUGAAAAGAGGCCUAAUAACAGAUGAAAUUACACAUCAGUGCAAGCUCUAUAUCUCAGGUCAAGGAAACAGCCCUGGAAGUUUAAGCAAAAUCCAUGAUCGAGAGACAUGUCACUCUCCUUGCGAGUUGACUUGGUUUUUACUUUCAAUAAACUUGAAGCCUAUUUGCCUCACUA